AUGGGCAAUGGAGUUACAAAAGUUAGUCACUGUUUUGCCAGGACAGGUGACAUCUCAGGCCGGCACAACAAUAUAUCCCUUGAUAGUUAUGGCCGCGAGGGACUAGGUCACUCUUUCUGUUACAUCCGACCAGACAUUAACACGGCUUCCAGAUUCUGCAAGAACAACAACAUCAACAACAACAACAACAAAAUCCACUCUGAGGAAACAACAACCUUUCGGUCGAUCUCAGGAGCCUCUGUAAGCGCCAACACAUCAACAACAUCCUCAACUUCUCUUAAUGAUACACUCUGCUCCAACAGCUCAGGUUUGGACCAGGCAUCCACUUUUGAAAGCUCUGAUUCUUUUGCUUCCCUUCCUCUUCAGCCUGUCCCUCGCAUCCUCUCAUCAUCAUCAGCUAAUUCAGGCCCUAUCGAGCGUGGCUUUUUAUCAGGUCCUAUCGAGCGUGGAUUUCUAUCAGGUCCCAUGGAUCAUGCAACUUUCUAUUCAGGUCCUUUUGACAAAGAAAAAGAAAAGUUGGAGAUGAGUGAUAGUAAUUAUAAUACUACUACUGAUAAGUUGCAGAGUAAUAGUUUGCCUCAUGCUGCCUUUUUUACUAGUAUUGAUGAAGUUGAAGCUAAACCCAAGAAACAACAGGCCGGUCUGAUAAAGACUUUGAAAAGAGCAAUAUCUAACACUAUCUCACGAGGCCAAAAGCUUAUGGCGCUGGCACCCAUAAAAGGAGUUAAAGGAUCAAAAAGUUCUGGAAAUGCUAAACCGAUUGAUGAUGAUAUUGGUCAUGAGGAUUUGACGAGUGAGUUUUCAAUUGGGAGCCAGAAUCUACAAUGGGCACAAGGGAAAGCUGGUGAGGAUAGAGUGCAUGUUGUGAUCUCAGAGGAACAUGGGUGGAUUUUUGUGGGGAUUUAUGAUGGUUUUAAUGGACCUGAUGCCCCUGAUUAUUUGCUUUCCAAUCUUUACAUUAGCAUCCAUAAGGAGCUUAAAGGGUUGCUGUGGAAUGACAAGGUUGAAUCCACAAUAACAAAAGCAGAGAAGGUUAUGCAUUUGAUUGAUCAGGAAAAUUCUCCGUUAAGAGGAAACUAUAGCGAUGGAAAGAAUUUGAGGUAUGCGACUAGAGGUGGUGACACUGACAUGAAGAGAUUGGAAGAGAAGUUGAAUUGGAAAUUGAAAGAGAGAAUGAAUUGCUACUCUAAUGGAGUUAACCAUUAUGAUGUUUUGAGAGCACUUUCGCAGGCGUUAAGGGUGACGGAGGAGGCCUAUUUUGAGAGUUCUGAUAAAAUGGCAACGGAUAAUCCAGAAUUGGCUUUGAUGGGUUCUUGUGUUUUGGUGAUGCUGAUGAAGGGAGAAGAUGUUUACUUGAUGAAUGUUGGGGAUAGCCGUGCGGUUUUGGCCCAGAAAGGCGGCGCAACCGUCCCCGGAUCAAGGAAAGGAAUCCAGGAUUUGGAGAUUAUUAGUGAGGAAAGCAGGCGUGACAAAAUUCAAGAUUUCGAUGGCGAUCAACUUCACAGGCUGCGUAGCUUGAAUUCAAUUCAGCUUACUAUGGAUCACACCACCUACGUAGACAAGGAAGUUGAAAGGAUCAAGAAGGAACAUCCUGAUGAUGUUUCUGCAAUAAUGAAUGACAGAGUGAAGGGUUAUUUGAAGGUUACUCGAGCCUUUGGGGUUGGCUUUCUCAAACAGCCAAAGUGGAAUGAUUUACUCUUAGAGAUGUUCAGAAUUGACUACAUUGGAACCUCUCCUUACAUCACAUGUACUCCAUCAUUAUAUCACCAUACACUGAGCCCAAAGGACAGAUUCUUAAUAUUGUCAUCCGAUGGCCUUUACCAAUAUUUCACCAACGAAGAAGCUGUCUUAGAGGUUGCCUCCUUUAUUGCUGCAUUUCCUGAAGGAGAUCCAGCACAGCAUCUAAUAGAAGAAGUUCUGUUUCGUGCAGCCAAGAAUGCUGGUAUAGACUUUCAUGAAUUGCUUGAGAUUCCACAAGGAGAGCGUCGCAGGUACCAUGACGAUGUUUCUGUGAUCAUUAUUUCGUUGGAAGGUAGGAUAUGGCGUUCGUCUGUGUAA